AUGAUAGUGCUGCACAACAUGAAAAGCUCCACCACUUAUCCAUGUGGCAAAGAAAAUGCAGUUGUGCCUAUUGCACGGCCACUAGACGCAAGCUCCACCACUUAUCCGUGUGGCAAAGAAAAUGCAGUUGUGCCUAUUGCACGGCCACUAGACGCCAGCUCCUCCACUUAUCCGUGUGGCAGAGAAAAUGCAGUUGUGCCAAUUGCACGGCCACUAGACGCCAGCUCCUCCACUUAUCCGUGUGGCAAACAAAUUGCAGUUGUGCCUAUUGCACGGCAACUAGACGCCAGCUCCACCACUAAUCCGUGUGGCAGAGAAAAUGCAGUUGUGCCUAUUGCACGGCCACUAGACGCCAGCUCCUCCACUUAUCCGUGUGGCAGAGAAAAUGCAGUUGUGCCUAUUGCACGGCCACUAGACGCCAGCUCCUCCACUUAUCCGUGUGGCAGAGAAAAUGCAGUUGUGCCAAUUGCACGGCCACUAGACGCCAGCUCCACUUAUCCGUGGGGCAAAGAGAAUGCAGUUGUGCCUAUUGCACGGCCACUAGACGCCAGCUCCACCACUUAUCCGUGGGGCAAAGAAAAUGCAGUUGUGCCUAUUGCACGGCCACUAGACGCAAGCUCCUCCACUUAUCCGUGGGGCAAAGAGAAUGCAUUUGUGCCUAUUGUAAAUGUGUACAUACGCAAGUAUAAUUUAUGUGACAUCUGA